GCUACCCACUGCGCCAUCGUUCCGCCCCAAUACCCACUUAAAACGCAAAAAAAUACUUUUAGUUUUAGUUGAACUUAAAAAGCUGGCGGGGGACUUGAACGUGGGUUGGUGGCAUUGCCAAAAUACAGCUUUUGCAGAAGUGUAUAUCUUUCUUUGAUUCAAGCACACGCGUCUUUGUAUUAUUCUUCUCUCUCCUUUAUUCCUUAGGGAAUUAAAGUAAACCUAUAUAAAAAUUGCUUUAUGCGCAGUAAGCCACAAAGAUUUAUGCUCGUUUUGCGCAGCAGCGUGUACGUUCGUUCUAUAGUCCCCGUUAGACACAUAAAUUAAUAGACAUAGAAAGCAAUCAGUUCAUGAAAUCGCCUUUUAAAAUGAUCAAACUGCGUCAAGAGUACUUUUAAAUAGCGGACGACUUAAACAACUUUCCUAAGAAAUAUUACACGGAAUUUGUUUGUUGUACAUUUAUAACUGACACGUGCCCUCAUUUGAGUGGCACACCCGAACCGGUUAGGAAGAGAAAGCGCGAGCUCGUUGUUGCCAGAGCCUUUUUUUUAAGUAUUCAGAUUUCGUCACAGAAUUCGAACAACUGCUGUUUUGGGUUUGUGGAGCCCAUCCUUACCACAUUGAAAGCAAGACAAAAAUCAAUGUUCAAGGCUGGAAACAGACAGGCCCACAACAAUGAAAGUGAAGGCAUUUUUUUACUUUCUACUGAAACUUUUUACAUUGCAUCUCAGCAGUGUGGAAUGUAAAACUAAAUGUCUAAUUAAAGGAGAAACAGCCGACUGUACUCGUCUAAAGCUGACAGCAGUUCCUUCAGAUCUUCCGGAAAACAUAUCAGAUCUGGAUAUGGCACAUAAUCAGCUUCAUGGAUUACCAAGUUCCGCAAUGUCCAGAUAUAAAGAAUUAAUUUAUCUGGAUGCAUCAUAUAACAGUAUCCAGAAAAUUGACCCAGAAUUGUGUCUGGUCCUUCCUCAUCUUCAAGCAUUGAAAGUGCAACACAAUGAGGUACAUCUUUUAUCUGAAAAGGAUCUGAAAUACUGCUUGAACCUGACAGAGCUGAACUUGUCAGGAAACAGACUCAAAAUGACUGCUGAUACAUUUAGACACUUACAGAAUUUAAAAAUACUUGAUGUUUCUAAAAAUGAGCUUAAAUCUGUAAAUCUGGGCAUGAGUCCACAGCUACCAAGCCUCCAAGUGCUAAACCUCUCAGAAAAUAAGAUCUCUGAAAUAAAGAAUGAAGACUUCAUUUAUCUUAGCAACUCAUCUUUGCAGUUACUGAAAUUGGCAUCUCUUCCUCUGAAAAUAAUUGAGAAAGGAUGUCUCAGUAUGAUUGGGCAACUACAUGGAUUGGUUCUGGACAAUUCCAAACUUGAUUCUAAGUUUAUAGAGGAUCUCUCUUAUGAGCUGUCAGAAACAAAGAUCUCUAAUCUGUCUCUGAAGAAUACUGACAUUUCAAUAAUAAACAACUCCACCUUUAGAGGUCUAAAGGAAACACACCUUACAGUACUGGAUCUCUCCAAAAAUCAAAUAAAUAUUAUAAGUGAAUACUCAUUUAAAUGGCUUAGUAAAUUAGAGCAUCUGUACCUGCAAGAGAACUUCCUUGACCAUUUGAAGAACACUACCUUUUAUGGACUGUCUAACCUUAAAUCCUUAAAUCUUGGCAGAGCACUUAUAAGAGGGAACAAAACAUCAACACCAGUAGUUGAUGAUUUCUCUUUCCAAAGCCUUGAAAAUCUGGAAUACCUAGUGCUACAGGAUAAUGAGUUUACUGGCUUAAAAGAUAAUACCUUUUCUGGUUUAAGAAACCUCAAGUAUUUAACUUUGAGUAACUGUAACAUAAAUCUAAAUGUUAUUAACAUUAGAACAUUAUCAUCUUUGUCACAGUCACCUCUUUUGUUUCUUAAUUUAACAUCUGUAGGAAUUUCACAAAUAAACAAUGGAACUUUUUCCUGGUUUCCACACUUAAUUAAGCUAUAUAUGGGGCAUAAUAAAAUCAUGCAGACGUUGUCCGGAGAAGAGUUUAGAGGAUUGGAAAAUAUUGAAGAAAUUUACCUAUCCUACAACCAGAAAAUUACUUUGAGGCCAUUAUCAUUUUGCCAUGUUAAAACUGUACGAACUCUUAUGCUUGGACGUACCCUGGCUGGCAGCUUGGAUUUUAAUUCCUCUCCUUUCCAGGGUCUACAGAAUCUUACAGUUCUUGAUCUUAGCAACAAUAACAUAGCAAAUAUUAAUGAUGCUGUCUUCAGUGGACUUGAACAUCUCAAAAUACUCAAGCUGCAGCACAAUAAUUUGGCUCGCCUUUGGAAAAGUGGUAAUCCUGGUGGUCCAGUGCUUUUCCUAAAAGGUCUUAUAAAUCUUCGAAUACUUCAGCUUGAAUCAAAUGGAUUUGAUGAAAUUCCUGCUGAUGGAUUUAAAGGACUGAGCCAGCUCAUUGAACUUGAUUUAGGAUCAAAUGACUUAAAUUUUUUUCCAGAAACUUUGUUUAAAGAUCUUUCAUUGCUCCGUGUUUUAGGCAUUCAAAAAAAUCUGAUUACAUCUGUUCCAGAAAAUACUUUCAAAAACGUCUUCAGUAAUUUGCACAUUUUAUACAUAGGAAAGAAUCCCUUUGACUGCACUUGUGAAAGUAUGAAUUGGUUUGUGAAUUGGCUUAAUAAAACAAAUACCAGUAUUCCUGGAUUGAACUCAGAAUGCAUUUGCAAUACCCCACCAAAAUACUACAACUCUUCAAUCUCUGACUUUGAUAUUUCACCUUGUAAAGAUCUAGCACCUUUUGCAUUUUUUCUUAGCAGUACAAUAGUUGUUCUUGUAUUCUUAUUCUCAGCUAUUUUAAUUCAAUUCCAAGGAUGGAGAGUCCAGUUUUUUUGGAAUGUUCUAGUAAAUCGAAUUCUUGGAUACAAAGAAAUUGAUCUGGGUGAAAACAGAUUUGAAUAUGAUGCUUACAUAAUCCAUGCGGCUAAAGAUGCUACAUGGGUAGAUAGAAAUGUGAUUCCUUUACGAGAUAAAUUUCAGAAUAUGUUUCAUUUUUCUUCUGAGGAACGGGACAUUGCCGCUGGCACUUUUGAAUUGGAAGCAAUUAUUGAGAGCAUGAGCAAAAGCAGAAAAAUUGUGUUCAUUAUAACUAAUGCCUUGUUGAAUGAUCCGUGGUGUAAAAGGUUCAAGGUCCAUCAGGCAAUGCAUCAAGCCAUUGAACAGAGCAGAGAUUCAAUUGUGUUGUUAUUUUUGGAGGACAUACCUGACUAUAAACUGCACCAGACUCUGUUUCUCCGGAGAGGCAUGUUUAAAUCACGGUGUAUAUUAUACUGGCCUGUGCAAAAAGAUCGCCUGCAAGCAUUUUACCAAAAGAUGCAGGUUGCUUUGGGUUCAAGCAACAGGGUAAAUUAAGCUACAUUUCUAUGAAAUUACUUUUAUAUGUAAUAUUCUGAAACUGCUUUUGAAUGAAUGGUCAUACUAUGGUAUCAACAAUCUUUUCAUUCACCAAUUUACAAUGUAGAAAUGUCAUUUUAAAGACUUUUGCUUAAAUUAUUUAUAAAAGUUGCCUUCCCUGCCAGUUGUUUCCAGUUUUUAUACACUGUGAAAUACCACAAAUAACAUAAAGAUGACGUGACCUUUGAAAAUGUUACAUGCAGUUGAGUCACUGUUGUUACCAGGGCUGAUGUGUUAUAAUACUGCACUUAUCACUUAUUCAUUGUUAAAAUUCAAAAAUGUUUCUCAAAAUUGUUGUAAAUGUACAUGGCGUAUGCGUAAUUUUAUUUUUUAUCAAGUUGCUUCAUAGCUUUCAGGCUUCUUUUCCAUUUGUUCAUAUCUGCUAUAUUGGUUACAAGAGGGAAGGUUUGAUCUUGAUGUUCAAAAAGGUAGACAUAAUCAUUAUUGGCUUGAUUUGAAAAUAGGAAAAACUCUAUUUUAACUUAUAUUAAAAUCCUAAAUCAUAAAAGUAUAAAUAGCAGGUUCGAUGUAAGGAUGUUAACAGGUAAGGCCCAGUCAUAUGACAAAUGGAGAUUACAGAUCACAGAGCAGAAAACAUACAAGUUUAUUCUGGGAUAGUGUUAAGUGUCUGACCACUGACCUACAUGUAUAUGACAUUGACCGACACUCCAGAGCUUCAAUGGCGUGUUUACCUCUGCUUUAAGUUGAGAAAGACUCAUUGUGAGUUUGACAGAGUGAUGUCCAAGGCUUGAUCAAUAAGAAAUAAGAAAUAGGUUUAUGCCAUUUAGCAGGCUAUACUCCAGUACCAGUUAUUUGUCAUUUUGGGCAUCAUAACUGCUCAACAACGUGUUUUAUGAGGGAUUAUUCCCACUUUGUAGACAGCACAGAAAGUAAGAGUUUUCCUCCAUGAUAAAGCAUAGCCAUGCACUACUGCCAUUGCCAUACAAGAUCUUAGAAACUGAGUACUGAAUGACCCCAAUCCAAUUAAAAUGAUAUGGGGCAUUUUUACAAGAUGUCUGAAUUCUUCCUGUUGCCCAACUGACCAGAAACAAUGAACAUGAGUAGAACGAAAUACAGCAGCAAAGGUAUGUACACCCCCCAUAGCUAUAAUGCCAUUUUGUUUUUCAAAGAAUAGUGAACAUACUAUUACUGACUUUUUAAUAAAACUUUGAAAAACCCUUUACAAGAGCCUUGUGUAUUGUAUAUCAGUAUUGUUUUUGCCACAUUUGGUUAAGAAACGUAAACCCUACGUGGCUUUUGCUUUUAUAAUAUGGCAUGCUAAUGUUCAAAGUGACUUGCCUAAGAUGCCAACAUUCUGUAUGUCUGACAGCAAAAGCUGUCAGCCAAUUAGAGUUGCUGAUUAUUUUUUUAACCAAAUAUUCAUGUCACCUUCUUCAUAAAGCCUUUUCAUUUCAGUCUGUUUAGAAUACAGUGCAUUGUAUUAGUACAUUUUACAUUGUAUUAUAUAAUUUAUUUCUGCAGUAUUUAAAGCAGUACUUCUAUAUUCAUAAUGUAAAGGUUGUGAUCAUUUACUGAUACAGCACGUUGGUGCACCCACCACAUGAUGAACCACCUCACAAUACCAAAUUAGGUCCCGAGCACAGCCAUGCAAUGGGUGACACCUCAGCACCACCCUGGAACAGCGUGAGGUUUUUUUACAGUGGCUGGAGUGCCAAUCCUGCCACCAACCCCCAAGUUUUCCCUGCAAGUUGGAGGAACUGAGUGGUCUGCAAAAUGAUGACAGCAAAAAAUAUAUAAAGAUUGUAUUUGUACAGUUAAUUUGAAACUAACACUGUAUAUACUGUGUGAAUUUAAUGUUGUUUUUAUAAAUGUUUUAUUGUUUUGAU